UAGGUUGGUCGGGUCAGAUAGCCUUGUGUCGAAGUUUAAAUCACCCUCAAGGGAAACCGGAAGGUUGGAGAAACCUGCAUUUUCGAAAAUGCACCGGGAAGUGUUAGAACAACAACACGAUCCUGGGACUGUGGAAACUCCGCCCGGACUCGGCUUUCGCCUUGAAGCUCACCGCAUAGUGAGUAUUUCGCUGGGAAAGAUCUACCAUUCCCGUGUGCAGCGCGGCGGCAUCAAACUGCAUAAGAACCUGAUGGUGUCCCUGGUACUGCGCAGCGCCCAGCAGGUCUAUCUGAGCCAAAGUCCGGAAGAGUUACAGCAGGAGUAUUACCUGAGGCAGGCGGAGCUCCAUAAUCCCGGCCCACAGGACUGCAAGGAACCCGAGCCAUGUCCCCUCACCGGAGAGACUCAGUGCCCCCCUACUGAGCAGACAGACGCCCGGACAUGUUCCUGCCCAACUGCGAGUCGCUCUUGUAACCCAAACGACACAGAGAACCCUCGGGGGGUGCCGUGUUGCCAGGGACAUGUGACCGAAAGCUGCCGGUCCCACUCGGCCUCCCUGCAUGAACCAGAUCUCUGCCCCAGCCACGAAGCAGAGCCCAGCAGCCCAGAUUCCCCCAGUAGCUGCUGUCGGAAGAGAAGCGGAGGGAACCCGCCGGAUGGGCCGGCCAUGAAGCGAGCAAAGAGGGAGCAAGGAGAGCAGGAGGUGCCAGAGCCAGGGGACGAGGCGGAGGAACACAUGGAGACAGAGAACGUUGCAAACCUCAUCAGCAUCUUCGGCACCAGUUUCUCGGGACUUCUGAGCAAAGAGCCUGGGACUGAGGCGGCUGAGGAGCCCGCGCAGGACGUGCAGGAGUUGGACUCUACGGGCCCAGCCGGACCAGGUUGCAGUGAAAGGGCGAUCAGCCCAAGUAUGAGCUCCUGGAGCACGGCCAUAGAAGCCUUCUGAGCCAGCCCUCCUCGCAGGAACGUCCAGCCCGCGGCGCCCCUUGCACUAAGCAGACUGGCCGGGGUGUGUAGUUCAGCAGCAGCAGCUGGAGGGCCGCAGGUUGGAAACACCUGCUAUAGACUGAACUGAGACUGAAGCUGGCGCAGAGCACAGUGUAUGGAUUGUUCUAUAUAAGACGGAUCAUGACUGACCUCCAGUUACUCUAUGUCCUGAUAUGUCUGGAUGCCUCUUCCUACAUCUGCCUAAUGUUGUGUUUGGAUUGGUGGGUGCAGCUUGCUACAUUGGUAAAGCACUUAUAGCAGAGAUCUUUCAACCAGUGCUUCUGCUGGACUACAACUUUUAGCACUGGCUCCCUAGAGAGGCUGGGAGUUGUAGUCCACAACAGCUAUUCUUUUCCCCUGGUUGCAGAUCCCUGACUUAAAGGGAUGCCACGUGUACAAUUUACUUAACCCAUUUGUUGUCAGUGGAGACAGUGAAAGUUGCACACCAUCUUACUAGGGACUUGGGCACUCCUGGAACAACCAUGAUUUUCUGUAAGUGUGGAAUACAUGCAGAUCGCUGGAUCUCGUGGCUUGUUUAGGGGUGUUCCAAGUCCCACCUGGCACUAUAAGUGCAUAAAGGUCAAGAAUUAAAUCAACACUAAUUCAAUGAAGCUAUUUUAUUGUAAGAACUGAUUUUUUUUCAACUGGGGGGGUAUUUCCCUGAGGCAAUAUGUAUCAGUCCUGUAACACCCCUCCCCCAGUUUGAAAAGAAUGUCUCCCAACCCCCACCUCUAUGGUCACCACGUGCUAGGGGAGUUCCCCAUUUGGGGAGAGGGAGGGAAGUUCCCAUCUGUUCACACUGCCCUAUUCUUACCUAUUGUGUUAUGGUUCCUCCAGUGAUUUUAAAACUACUGCUUCCUGUUUCAUGUCCUGACUUGAUUCAAAUGCCAAAUCAGUGUGCAAACUGUUUGGCAGCCCCUUUUCACUGCACACUCAUCCACACCAUUUUGUUAGUUACGUUUUUUUGUCACUUGUUUGAGUUCCUAAACAAGCAUAUUCUACAGCUUGCAUAUUUGGUUAUGUUACAGUUUAUAGUCCAUAACACAGUAAAGUGUCUAAUCUACUUUCAUUUUUGAGCGCACUCAGUCCUGGAACUACCCCUCUCUAAGCCGCCCACCAUCCUUUUGGUUUCUGUGUAGUGUAAGCAUGAGGAAGCAACUGCUCAAUGUAUCGGUGUAGAGCUACUAAAGAGGAAGGAAAACCCCUUUAAAUGUAUUUUGUCUUCUGGAAGUGCUGGCGCUCAUGUGCUCAGUCCAGCCCUACGUGCACAGUCAGAUCUCUCUUUGUUUUAGAAGAUGAGUUAUUCUAUCUGGACAUGAUUUAAACAAUGGUUUACAGUAUUUUUAUGCACAAUGCUGUAACUGACUUCUGUAUACUAUGAUGUUUCUACGUGUUUGACACGUAUUAAAUAAUUUGAAAAGUU